AUGGAUCGUGGCGGCCCUUUCAAGGUCUUUGUGGGCGGUCUUCCGCAGGACUGCACGAAUGAUAUCCUCGUCGACUACUUCGGCAAGUUUGGAAAUAUCACUGACGUAGUGGUGAUGACUGACCGGGCGACUGGCCGAUCGCGAGGAUUUGGGUUUGUGUCUUUCGACACGGAAGAGGCUGUUGACAGCAUCAUGGCCAUGCACAAUCAGCAUCAGAUACAAGACAAAUGGGUGGACUGCAAAAGGGCGACUGCGGAAGGAACCAAGGGAGUUCCAGACAAAGGCAAAGGCGGUGGUGGUAAAGGCACAGGCUCCACUCGGCCGCCUGCGGCGAGAGCUCCGUCGUACAAUGCAGCACCACCGCCGGAUUACAGCGCGAGUUCUUGCAGCAGUAGUGCAGGCUAUGGAGGCGAUGCUUUCGGGGGCUAUGGGGCCUAUGGAGCGGGUGCACAUGGCUAUGAUGGCCUUUACGGCGCCUACGGUGGCAAAGCUUAUGGUGGUGGUGGCUGCAACGGCCACGCCGGCUAUGCUCCGAGCAAAGGUUGGCUCGGUGGCAAAGGUGCUGAGAAGGGCUAUGCUCCGUACUGA